AUGGCGGACGCCUCCCCCUUCGUUAAGCCCGACCCGGAGGACGAGGAAAAGAAGCCCCUCGCCGCCCUCGACGACGAUGACCUCUACGAGGACGCCGGCGACCUCGAGUUCUACGACAAGAGCGCCGCCGGCCGGCAAUUCGAGACGCUCUACCUGGCCCGCGUGCCGCGCUACAUGUGGGACGCAUGGCUCAAGAUGACGGACCGCCUCGGCGACGACGACGAGAUCCAGAUCGGCACGCUGCGCACCUGGAACGAGCCCGUCCCCGACGCCACCGUCGAGGGCGGCACGCGCGACGUCACCAAGCUGCGCAUGCUGCUCGACGCCAACUGCCCCGAGCACCAGAUGCUCCCGCGCGAGUACGAUCUCGAGGUCCUCGACCGCGACGUGCACAACCACUUCGUCUUCAGCGAGCAGGACCUCGAGAGCUACAAGGCCAAGAACAAGGAGCGCGCCGACGCCGCCGCCGCCGGCAUCCCCAUGUCGCUGCUGCGCCAGAGGCAGGCCGCUGAGGCGCAGGCCGGCCAGUCCUCGGGGCCCCAGCGCAAUUCGUACGACCGCAGGAGUCGCUACCAGCCCUACUAUCGCAAGGCCAUCCCGAAGAGGACCAAAAUCUUUGGCAAGAUCCACUACGACGUGCGCGUAGAGCCGCGCAACAUCCAAGAGGAAGAGCGGCUGCUGGCCCAGCGUCUGUUUGAUGCCGAAAACUCCAAGUCGAAGCUCCGCAUCAUCAGCCGCAACAGCGCGUCUGCUAUCAUCAACCCGGGCACUGCCACGGCCGCUCAGUGGAGCGGCAACUUUAUCAAAAAUGCUCCGCAGGUCGUCAAACCCAAGAAGGGCGAGGUGUUCAAGGCGGCGCGUAUCCCCAAGAACCAGCUUCUGGAUCUUAUUUUCGACUGCUUCCGCCAGUAUCAGUACUGGUCCAUGAAGGCUUUGCGCCAGAAGCUGCAGCAGCCCGACUCGUACUUGCGACAGGUAUUGGAGGAGGUUGCCGUUUUGCACAAGAGCGGCCGCUUCGCCAACCAUUAUGGCCUCAGCGACGCGUACAAGGACAAGGCGGGCAGCGAGGCCAAGGAAGAGGCGGCCGAGGCGGCCGACGACGGCGACGACGACGAGCCCGAGGAGAUGGAGGAUGUGCUCCCCACUUUGUGA